CCAAGUAAUCCUCGCCGCUGACUAGGGUUCGUUAUCGACAUAUAUACCCAUGCCAGACCCCGCUCAACACUCACAUACCACAGACCAAACCACAAACUCCAACCCACAGCCACCAUUCUCCAACGCAUCCUCCGACGCCACUUCACCACCACACACCACACCAAAAUGCCUCUCGUAGUCCCCGGUAUUCAGUCCACGGACGGCAAGGGCGAGGACUGGACCGCCAAGCUGAUGGGCAAGUCGCUCGGCGACUCGCACAGCGAGACCACCUUCGCGAAGCAGGACCUCCCCAAAGAGCACCGCGUGCUCAAGCCCGACAGCAUGAGCACCAUGGACCUCAAGCCUAGCAGGCUGAACAUCCAUGUUGGCGAGGACGGCACCGUGCAGAACGUUCGCUACGGUUAGAUGGGGUUGCUGCUGCUACGAUGCAGAGUGGGAUAUACAUAAUGAAUUAUGAAGUUAUUGAAUGAACACAUCUUGGCCGUGCCCUUGUACGAGCUGACACCACCCUUGCC